AUGGCAACAAACAAGGAAACAGGGAUAUCAGAGGAAAAUCCACAAGACAACAAAGAAUUGGUUAAGAGCAAAAUGCUGGACAAGGUGGAAGCAGAAGACAGUUUACCAGGUGAUAGCAAAAUUCUUGCAGAGAAUUCUUUUGAACAAGUAAAGAGUAAUCAAGAUUCUGAUGACUUGUCUGGAGUUAAAAAUGAUAAAAUUAAGGAACUUGCUUAUAAAGAGGAAAAGGUUGAAAAAUCAAAUAAUAAAAUGGAAGAAAAGGAUGAAUCUGAUGGAAUGCCAGCAAAGGCAGAACCACAAUUAGAAGAUGAGGUUGAACCAGAAAGAACUAACUCAGCAGACAGCAAAGUUAAGAGUGAGGGUGGCCAGCCUGAUGAAGAGAAAGAAAUGCUGUUGAAGGAUGAUGGUGAGCCAAAGGAAAGUGAAAAAAUUGAUGGGGAACCAGAAAAAACUGAACAGUUAGAUAUGAAAGCUGAUGGUGAACCCGAUAAUAGUCGAGAAACACUUGCUAAUGUUGGUGGAAAGGUGGAAGAACAGAAUGCAAAGAGACCAGAUAAGAAAGACGGAGAAAUGAAUGCUGAAAACGAGGAAAAGGAAGAUUUAGAAUCUACUGACAAUAAAUGCACAGAAGAGAAUAAAGUAUCUGAAGACGUUGACCGGCUUGGUGAUGCUCAUGAUUUUGAGAGUGUAGUUGAAGAUAACAAGAAGAACUGUGAAGAGAAUGAUCAGGCUGAAAGGUCAGUCUCUUCCCUGUCCAACCAAAAUCAGGACACGUAUCCACCAGGACACGAGUCUCGGCCUGGACCUACAGGUUAUUUUACCCAAGAUGGAGAGAUGAUCUAUUUAAAUAUUGCCAAAGAUGGUCAAAUGGUUUACCAAACUGAAGAUGGGCGGUUGGUUUACCAGUAUCCAACGGAAGAGGGACGCAUCCUUUUCCACACAGGAGAGACGGAACCAAAUUACUGCAAAAAUAAAACUGUCAGUGAAGAAGUAGCCAAUUAUGUUGAUGACAUAAUCCAUGAUGCUAUUUCUGAAGCUGAAGACAAAAUAAAUGCAGACUCCCAGAUUAAACGUCUGGAAGAGGAACAGAAGCAAAAAGAUCCCGGUGAAUAUGGAGUCAAAGGAGAAUCAGAAGCAUAUCAGAAUACAGGACCUGCCAAUGUCUCUCAAUCAAAGUCUUUGGAUUCUGGUGCCACUUCCAGGAUUGAAACCGAUUUACCUCCAGGAAACACUGCUGAGACUACAGAGAGUACAAGUGGAUAUAAUUCUUGCACAGGGCCUGGUAGUUCUUCAAGAAGAGAAAGUCCUGGUAACACAGGAAGUAGGCACCUUUUCAGCCCUGGACCAAGGGCGCCACCAUUUAGAAUUCCCGAGUUUAGAUGGUCGUAUCUACAUCAGAAGUUACUCUCAGAUCUCUUGUUCUCUAUUGAAACUGACAUUCAAGUUUGGAAAAGUCACAGUACACGUGCAGUUGUUGAUUUUGUCAAUUCUGGUGAAAAUCACAUCUACGUUGUCAAUGUUACCCACAUGAUUUCCCAGUUGGCAGAUAACCUCAUCAUGUCAUGUGGUGGACUUUUGCCAUUAUUGGCUGCUGCUACAUCACCCAAAGGAGAAAUUGAAAUUUUAGAACCAAACCAAGGACUAAGUAUUGAACAAGCAGUCUCUAUUUUACAAAGAAUAAUGAACAUGACCGAUAUUGUAGUCUUCACUAGCUCAACUAAUUUUUCAGAACUGGAGCAAGAAAAGAACAUGCCACCGGGCGGAAUACUUCGGCAAUGUCUGCGUUUGGUGUGCACUGCUGCCGUGAGGAAUUGUUUGGAAUGCAAACACAGAUACACUCCUAAGACUCCCAUCGCAGAGGCCUCUCCAACCCCACCCCCACAGCGGCAGAACUCAAAACCGACAAACAGUGUAGAUGCUAUACAAUCACUUAUUGGUGGCUCACACCCCUCCCCAAAAAAUAUAGUUGAAAACUUGGGAGGUCAAACUACCCCAAUCAAAGAUGCAGAAAAGUUGCUGCAAGACAUGGAUAUCACACGUUUAAGAGCUGUGGUCUACAGAGAUGUGGAUGAGACGAAGCAGGCUCAAUUUCUGGCCUUGGCCAUCGUGUACUUCACAUCUGUGCUAAUGGUCUCCAAGUACAGAGACAUUUUGGAACCACCCAGCUCUGCAUCAACACCUACCCUGGCGCCUCAUCGGUCAGCUGUUCUCUCUCCAACCUCAAGAGAAGGUAAUGAAACAGAUGAGGAAGUCAUUUCAUUAAAAGACUACAACGAACCUGACACCAGUGUUGAAAGCAUAGAAAAGGAGGCAGUUGCCGUAUCAAUAGCUGCAGACAUCCAUAUUGUUACCAGUGAGAAGAAAGCUGCUGAAGAAUCAUCCUCUUCAAAAUCUACCCAGGAAUCAAAAAAUGAAACUGACAAAUCCAAUGAUGCCACAAUUAUAAAAGACAAACUUCUUGAAGAAAAAGCUGAAACCAGUGCCAUUGAUAAAUCUGUAGAUGGUACUUCUCCAUCAAAUUCUGUUGACGAGAAAUCUUCUGCUACUGAGCCUGAGAAAUCUCCAAAAGAAGAAGUAGCAGCAACUGUAGACUCUGUUAAUAGUGCUGUCGAAGAAAGCAGCAAAGAAACUAGUAACCAAAAAAUCUCUACAUCAGAAUCUCAGAAAGACUUGACACCAACCAGUACUGAUUCCACUGUGACAAGUGCUACUAUGACUACAGCUACGACUGCAAAUACAGCCCCGAUGGAAUCUGUUCAUGUAAAUCAGUCUGAGACUAAAGUGGAUACAGAUAAAACAAUUGAGGCUGCUAUCUCUACAAACCCAGAUAAAGAUGGUGAGCAAGCAUGUUCCCCAAUUGCAGCUGAUAAUGAGAAGGUGUUGGCUGAAGGUGAAAGAAGGGAAGAAAAUAGAGAAGAAGGAAUAUCAUCUAUUAGAAUAGAUGAGAAAGCAGAUGGGAGACCAGCAGAUCCUGGCACAAAGCCACCAGAAAAAUUGGAAUUGACUACAAAGAUCCCAGCUGCAUUUGACAAUUUGCCAUUACCAAAUGAAGGAAGUUCCCUGACAAAACGCCUUGAAAGGGCACUUGGGUCAGCUGCACCACUUCUUAGAGAAAUUUUUGUUGAUUUUGCUCCAUUCCUCUCCAAAACAUUAAUAGGAUCGCAUGGGCAAGAAUUACUUGUUGGGGGUCUUGUCACAUUGAAGCAGAGUUCAUCUGUUGUUGAACUUGUGAUGCUACUAUGUUCACAAGAAUGGCAGAAUUCCUUGCAGAAGCAUGCUGGCUUAGCAUUCAUUGAACUUGUUAACGAAGGAAGACUCCUGGCACACGCAACGAGAGAUCACAUUGUGCGUGUAGCUAAUGAAGCUGAAUUCAUAUUGACUCGAAUGAGAGCAGAAGAUGUGCAAAAGCAUGCCGAGUUUGAGUCUCUAUGCGCUCAGACAGUCGUUGAACGCAAAGAAGAAGAGAAAUUAUGCGAUCAUUUGAUAACAUCUGCCAAGAGGAGAGAUCAUGCCAUUGCUUCUGUACUUCACGAAAAGAUUGUCAACAUUUUGACCAACAAGCAUGGAGCUUGGGGUCAAUUUCCACAUGACAAGUGUGAAUUUUGGAAACUUGACUCAUGGGAGGAUGACUUCCGUCGAAGACGCCGUUUUGUCAAGAACCCUCAUGGAUCUACUCAUCCAGAAGCAACAUUGGAAGCUUCUGUAGAGUCCAGUUCUGACGAGAAUGCCAUAAAUCAGACUCGUGAGGCUUUCCAUGCUCACUUGGCCCAUGCCAAGAAAGGUCAGCAGCAACAACAGCCUGACUUCACCGAUGAAGAAUUGCUGAUGGAGGAGAGAGAUUUUGAGCAAGAGUUUUCAGGACCUGUAGCCUUAUCAACUUCAUGUAAGCUUAUUUCCAUGGGACUUGCAAUUCCAGGAAUAAUGUCCAUCACAAAAACUGACCUUUACUUUGAAAUGGAUGAGGACGACAAAGAUAACAAAAAACUUUCACCUGAAGUGCUUGCAUACAUGGACCACCUUCAUGGGAAGUGGCACUUUUCAGAAAUCAGAGCUGUAUUCUCUCGCAGGUACUUGCUUCAAAAUGUAGCCAUUGAGAUUUUCACUGCCAACAGAACAGCAGUUAUGUUUGCCUUUCCUGACCAUGUCACCCUGAAAAAAGUUGUCAAUGCUCUACCCCGAGUUGGCAUUGGCAUUCGCUAUGGCUUGAAUCAGGCAAGACGAAUGUCUCUGGCAUCUGGAAAGCAAUUAUUUAAAUUGUCAAACAUGACACAAAAGUGGCAACGAAGAGAAAUCUCCAAUUAUGAUUAUCUUAUCUAUUUAAACACUGUUGCAGGCCGUUCAUUCAAUGAUUUGAACCAGUACCCCAUAUUUCCUUGGGUUAUUGUAAAUUAUGAAUCCGAGGAGUUAGAUCUAAGCCAACCAAAUAAUUUUCGUGACUUGUCAAAACCGAUUGGUGCUCUGAAUCCUGCCCGAAAGAAGUUCUUUGAUGAACGUUAUGCAAGCUGGGAACACGAGCAGAUUCCUCCUUUCCACUAUGGCACUCAUUACUCAACAGCUGCAUUUACACUUAACUGGCUCAUCCGCGUGGAACCAUUCACAACAUUAUUUUUGAAUAUGCAAGGAGGAAAAUUUGACCAUGCCAAUCGAACUUUCUUCUCCAUUAACCAGGCAUGGAAAAAUUGUCAGACAGACACAUCAGAUGUCAAAGAACUCAUACCGGAAUUUUAUUAUCUCCCCGAGAUGUUUGUGAAUCAAAACACCUUUGACUUUGGCUAUCAAGAUGGAAAUGUGAAAGUGGAUGAUGUGUGUCUGCCGCCUUGGGCAAAGACUCCAGAGGAUUUUGUACGCAUCAGUCGAAUGGCUCUGGAAUCGGAAUUUGUUUCAUGCCAGCUGCAUCACUGGAUCGACUUGAUCUUUGGAUACAAGCAAAAAGGACCCGAAGCAAUCCGGGCAACCAAUGUCUUUUACUAUCUUACUUAUGAAGGCAGCGUUAAUCUGGAAUCGAUGACUGACCCUGUGAUGAAGGAGGCGGUUGAGAAUCAAAUUCGCAGUUUUGGCCAAACACCAACUCAGCUCCUCACAGAGCCACACCCUCCUCGAAGUUCCUUAAUGCACCUGACCCCAAUGAUGUUCAGUAGUGUGCAAGAUGAUCUCUGCAUGUUGAUGAAAUUCUUGUCCAAUUCUCCCAUCACGCAUGUUGCGGCCAAUACCCACCCAAUGGUACCCACCCCUGCUGUAAUUACAAUCACGUGCAAUCACAAUUUUGCAGUCAACAAAUGGAACCCUAACUACCAGCAGCAAGGGACGCCCACCAGUUUCUCAUCAGACAAGCACGAGAAAGAGGCUGAACUCCCAGUGUUAAUGGAUCAGUUAUUUGCUCAAAACACUGGCCUGCACAAGAGGUCACUGGGAGAUAACUUUGACCAACGUUUGAAAGUGACCCAUUCCAGCUUUGUCACAACAGCCGACAACAGGUUCAUUUUUGCCUGUGGAUUCUGGGACAAGAGUUUCCGCAUUUUUUCCACCGACUCAGCCAAAAUAAUUCAGGUUAUUUACGGCCAUUUUGACAUUGUCACAUGCAUCACAAAAUCAGAAAGCAAUACAAACCAUGACUGCUACAUUGUCACUGGCUCAAAAGAUUGUACCGUCAUGGUAUGGCAGUUCAGUUCCCGAACUCAAGCUAUUGUUGGUGACAUUGGAACUACCGAGAAGCCCACACCAAAAGCUACCCUCACUGGGCACCAAACCGAAGUUGUUUGUGUGGCUGUCUUCUCCGAACUUGGACUGGUUGUCAGUGGCUCUAAAAAUGGCCCAUGUCUUGUCCACACAUUGACCGGUGACUUGUUAAGAUCUCUCGACCCUCCUGAAGGUUGCUCUUCUCCUGAAUUAAUCACCAUGUCCAAGGAAGCAUUUAUCCUGGUUAAGUUUGACCAGGGAAACAUUUGCAACUUCACCAUCAAUGGGAGACUUUUGUGUCACAUCAAACACAAAGACAACAUCAUUUCAAUGCUACUGAGCCACGGUGGGGAAUAUCUCAUCACCGGAGGAGACAACGGGGUGGCUGAUGUAUGGCGCACACAUGACCUUACUCUUCUCUACUCUUAUCCAAAAUGUGAUGGCAAUAUUCAUUCAUUGUCUCUGUCACAUGAUGAAAGACUCUUGCUACUUGGUCUUGGAACUGGAUGCCUUCUUGUGUUCUUUAUAGAUUUCAACAAGUGGCACUAUGAAUAUCAAGAAAGGUACUGA